AUGGCGUCCAACGGCGACAUAGUGGAGAGCAGGUCGGUGCGGGCGCAGCAGCUCCUGAGCCUGAAGCGCACCUUCGACCUCUUCACCGGGAACUUCGGCGAGAAGAUACCGCUAGAUGAAGAGAGCCAGCGCGUCCGCAUCGCGGCCAAGGUCGGCGACGAGUUCGCGGCAGUCAAGAACCUCCCCGACCCGCAGCACCGCAGGGCCGCCACCAAGAGCAUCGUCGACGUCAGGCCGCAGGGGCCCACCGCGGAGCCCAUGCCGGGCGCGCCGCUCCCCAAGGCCACCUCGCGACGCACCACGGACGCCGACACCGCCGCCGUCGACCGCCUGAUCGACAGCGCGGCCGCCGCGGACACCUCCGCGGGCAGCGACCCGUCCACCGCGAUCGUCGCGGCGUCCCGGAAGAAGCUCGUCGAGCCCCCGCGCGCGCUCGUCCCCUCCGCCCUGGGCGCACCAAAGGAGUACCGCCCCAGUUCGGAGAUCGCGGCGCGGCUCCCGAGCCAGUGGCCGAAGCCGCAGUGGCGCGCGCCGUGGAAGAUGUACCGCGUGAUCUCGGGCCACCUCGGGUGGGUGCGGAGCGUUGCGUUCGACCCCGGCAACGCGUGGUUUGUUACGGGCUCGGCGGACCGCACGAUCAAGGUGUGGGACACCGCGACGGGGCAGCUGAAGCUCACGCUCACGGGGCACACCGAGCAGGUCACAGGUCUGGCGAUCUCGUCGAAGAGCCCGUACAUGUUCUCGUGCGGGCUCGACAAGAUGGUCAAGUGCUGGGACCUCGAGCAGAACAAAGUCAUCCGGUCCUACCACGGACACCUCUCGGGGGUGUAUUGUUUGGCGCUGCACCCGGAGCUCGACAUCCUCUUCACGGGCGGCCGCGACAGCUGCUGCCGCGUCUGGGACAUGCGCACCAAGGUCCAGGUGCACUGUCUGACGGGCCACGACGACACGGUCGGCGCGGUGCUCGCGCAGCCCACCGACCCGCAGGUCAUCACGGGGAGCCAGGACACCAUGAUCAAGCUCUGGGACCUCCGCAAGGGGUCCGCGAUGACCACGCUCACCUUCCACAAGAAGGGCGUCCGCGCCCUCGCCGCGCACCCCAGGGAGUGGGCGUUUGCGUCCGCGGCGAGCGACAACAUCAAGAAGUUCAAGCUGCCCGAGGGGCGGUUCCUGCACAACGGCCUGCAGCAGCAGCCGGGCAUCCUGAACACGCUCGCGCUGAACGAGGACGGCGUGAUGGCGUCGGGCGGCGACAACGGGUCGCUCUGGUUCUGGGACUGGGCGUCGGGGCACCCGUUCCAGAAGACGGAGACGCGCGUGCAGCCGGGGAGCCUCGAGAGCGAGGCGGCGAUCUACGCCGCGGCCUUCGACAUGACGGGCAGCCGCCUGGUGACGUGCGAGGGGGACAAGACGGUCAAAAUGUGGAAGGAGGUGGAGGACGCGACGCCGGACGCGUACCCGGGGGAGGAGUUCCUGCCGCCGGACGCGAAGACGCUCGGGCGGUUCUGA